AUGACCAAGUCUCACAACACCAGUGUCCCAGGUUUGCCCCUGCUGGGAAAAGUCGCAAUCGUCACUGGGGCCGCUCGCGGAAUCGGCGCAGAGAUUGCGUAUAAGCUCGCUUCAGACGGUGCCUCUGUGUUUCUUGGCUACACCUCUGAUUCUAGCGCCGUCAAGGUCGCAGAUGUCAUCAAGAGAAUCCAGGCCUUGCCACAUGAGCCAAAGGCGCACGCCAUCAAGGCCAACCUUGGCCAGCUCGACGGGCCUGACAACUUCGUUGCCCAGUUGAAGAGUCUGAGCGGCGGUGAGCCCAAGGUUGACAUCCUCGUCAACAAUGCCGGUGUCACCUCAAUCACACCUUUGGCCGAGAUCACCUCGAAGCAAUACGAUGAAGUCUUCAACGUGAACGUCAGGGGGUUGCUGCUUCUGACAGUGGCUAUUCGGCCGUUCAUCCAGCCCCGCGGCCGCAUCAUCAAUCUCUCAUCCGUGGCGGCGCGCGCCACACUGUCCGCCUCCUGCAUCUACUCAGCUUCCAAGGCGGCAGUUGAGGGUUUCACGAGGGCCUGGGCUGCUGAAAUCGGCGGCAACGGCACGACUGUGAAUGCCGUGUCGCCAGGUCCUGUCCCCUCUGACAUGAUGGAAACUUCCCUGGACAAGCAGAUUCUUCAGUAUAUCAAGUCCCAGACGGCGAUCGAGAACCGUAUCGCGACUGAGCAAGAGAUUCCGAACAUUGUGGCAUGGCUAGCCUCGCCUGCGUCGAGUUGGGUUACUGGUCAAUGCAUUAAUGCUACUGGAGGUUUCCAGAUGAUUUAA